AUAAUAUAGUUUUCAGAGCGAAUAUUUAAAAAACAAUUAAUUAUGUAUCAAGAGUAUUUAUGUACAUGUUUAAACGGUUCAAGUUGCGUAAUUAUGAGAAAAAAUAAAUUCCCAGAUGAGUACCUACCUAUUAUUAUUAUUCAUAUAAGAUUUAUAACUUUUAUAAGUUUAAACAUACACUUUAUUCUCUGUACUUAAAAGUUACUAUAGUUUCAUAUUGUUUAAUAUAAUAACAACUAUAACAAGCUAUUAUAUAAUAUACCGAGUUAAAAUCUAUAAAAAAAAAUUACUAUAUUAAAGACAAAUUUAAAAUAAUAAUAAUAUGCAAAACAUCAUAAAUAUUUUUAACUUACCUUUUUUAUAUGUUUGUCUAAUUGGAGGUACAGUUUAUUGUUUAUGGUAUCUGGACAAAAAAAGAGUUUCGAGUCCGAAUUACCGCCGGGAUGUGGAGAAUGCUAGACAGUGCGCCGCCGAAUUGGCGAGAGCAAAGGCUGCACUCAAACCACGAUCGGCGAAAUUUCCCGAGCCCCAUGACCCGGCUGGAGUAUUAAGGUUUGCGCUAGGCAAAAUCAACCACGCCGAACAGUGCGCGGAGGUGGCGAUCGGUGACGGGGCUGAUGACAUGUGCUGCGGAUGCUGCAGAGGGGAGGAAGCCGAAAUGCUAGGCUGCGGAGAGGAGGCGGCCGAAAUUCUGGGCUGCAGGAGCUGCAGGGGUGAGGCGGCAGUGUGCAUCGCCGAAGCUCUAUACGUGUUGAGCUUUCAAGAGGCCAAUGUGAUGUUGGCGCAUGCCAAGCGCAUACUGCCGGUGAAAACUUACGGUCUGGUGUGCGACAAGUACGCCGAACUCAGGAAAAAUUACCGUCGAUAAUUAAUAUGUAAUGAAAAUGUCGCUGUAAAAGAAUAAUAAUAAUAUGUACACUGCCGAUAUUAUAUGCACUGCAUGAUGCCUUCUUUUCUAUAUUAUAUUAUGAAUAUAUUUUUACUCGGUAUUUGAAGUAGCUGUAAUUACCCUGCUACAUACUACAUACCGUUAAUAUAAUAAAUAAUAAUAAAUCGUUCCCAUAAUAUA